UAUAGCCGAUUAGGUGUUAAACAUGGAGGAUGCUCUGUAUAUCACAAAUCAAAUCGUGAAACUAUGGUUGAAAUUGGAGACUCUGUACGUAGUAAAGAUCUUUAUAUUAUUCAAACUGGAACAAAGGAUGUAAACAAUAAUAUAAUGGAGCUUUUGAUUAUGGCAUAUGCAUGCAAAACUUCUUCUGCAAAAAAUAUUGUUGGUGUCAUUCCAUAUUUACCUUAUUCUAAACAAUGCAAAAUGCGUAAACGAGGUUGUAUAGUUUCUAAAUUAUUAGCAAAAAUGCUUUGUAAGAGUGGUUUAACUCAUAUAAUUACAAUGGAUUUGCAUCAAAAGGAAAUACAAGGUUUUUUUGAUGUGCCUGUGGAUAAUUUACGUGCCAGUCCAUUUUUACUGCAAUACAUUCAAGAAUCUAUACCAGACUAUCACAAUUCAGUGAUAGUUGCAAGAAAUCCUGGCAGUGCAAAAAAGGCAACUAGUUAUGCAGAAAGAUUACGUUUGGGAAUAGCAGUAAUUCAUGGGGAACAGCGAGAAGCAGAGUCAGAUAUGAAUGAUGGGCGUUAUUCUCCACCUGCAUUGGCUUCACGAACAAUGGAAGUUGGAGUUGGUGUACCAAUGCAUCCUGCAAAAGAAAAGCCACCAAUUAAUGUUGUGGGGGAUGUAGGUGGACGUAUAGCUAUUAUGGUGGAUGACAUGAUAGAUGAUGUUCAAUCUUAUGUAGCUGCAGCCGAAGUUCUUAAAGAAAGGGGAGCAUACAAAAUUUAUGUUUUAGCUACACAUGGUCUUUUAAGCUCUGAUGCUCCAAGAUUAAUAGAAGAAUCACCAAUUGACGAGGUUGUUGUCACAAAUACAGUUCCUCACGAUAUUCAAAAGAUGCAAUGUCCAAAAAUAAAGACUGUUGAUAUCAGUAUUUUGCUAGCAGAGGCUAUUAGACGUAUACAUAAUAAAGAGUCCAUGUCAUACUUAUUUAAGAAUGUUACUUUGGAAGAUUAAAAAGAAUGACGAAAUAAUGUGUUUUAAAUACAUGAGAGUUUCCGUAA